AGACUAGGUCAUCCGCCAGCUCCCUGUUAGCACUGCAUACCUCUAUGCCAAGGGGAAAGAAAGGUGUGGAACUUCUUGGAUAUGGAAGGAUGUACACUGGGAGUGGGAACAACCAGCCAGCAGGCUACAUCUCCACCAUCCCCAUCAUUCCUGAGACUCAGCUGUCCAAGGUUGAGGCGGGCUCAUCAGCCUUUAAGUAUGUGACUGGGGGAUUCUUCACCAUGCAAAAGAUGAACUGGAACCAUAGCAGGGUUACAGUAAAACAGUUGGAGCGGACAGAAGACAGAGCUAGACUGGAUCUUUUGAUGGAUGAAGUAAAUACUCUGGGCCAUUUGCGCCACCCAAACCUGCUCCUCUUGAUGGCCGUGACCCACAGUGCCUUGCUGGACAACAUGAUGCUGGUGUUUGAACAUAUUGAGUCAAAAACUCUCUUCUAUCUGUUGCAUCAGGAGAGAUUGCUGUUCAAAGAAGAGAUGGUGGUCAGCUUUCUCCUGCAGAUCUGUGAAGCCCUAAUCUACAUCCACAGCAGGGGCAUCCUGCACUGCUGUGUCACCUCUCAUGCUGCAUAUAUUACCUGUGGGAAUAUCUGCAAGCUGGGCAACUUUGAGUAUGCUGUGGAAAGAUGCGAGAACCAGGCUCUACAAAAGAAGUCCUUGGUGCUCCAAAACUCCCGGCCUCUUGCAGCUUACAACUGGCUGGCUCCUGAGAUCCAUGCAGGGAGACCCCCAACCAUCAAGAGUGACAUCUACAGCUUCUGUGCUCUCAUCUUUGAGAUCUAUACAGGUAUGUAUUAA